GGCCGGGGGAUGAAGAGAAAGGCGGGGAGGCGAGGGCGGGCUGGGCGGAUUCGACGAGCGCCGCGGCGGUUGGCGAAGCGGACGGGGUGCAGCCUCCCCGGUGCGAGGAACGGUCUCCGCUGACAGAUCCCCUUCUUCCGGCCGCGCCACUCGGGAGGCGGAUCCCCGGGGCCGGAGGAGGCUUCCCCCGGCCGGCUUGCUCUCCCUCCUUCGCUGGCGCUGCCGCGGGUCCACCGAGCGACCUCGGAGGAGCAGCCGCAGGAGGAGGAGGAGGUCGUCGAGGGCGGCGGGCGGAGACCGCGCUCUCGCUUCCCCGGCGGCGGCGGGGGCAGGACAAUGGAGGUGGCGGUGGAGAAGGCGGCGGCGGCGGCGGCGGCAGCGGCCUCGGCGGCGGCCUCUGGGGGGCCCUCAGCCGCGCCGAGCGGGGAGAACGAGGCCGAGAGUCGGCAGGGCCCGGACUCGGAGCGCGGCGGCGAGGCGGCCCGGCUCAACCUGUUGGACACUUGCGCCGUGUGCCACCAGAACAUCCAGAGCCGGGCGCCCAAGCUGCUGCCCUGCCUGCACUCCUUCUGCCAGCGCUGCCUGCCCGCGCCCCAGCGGUACCUCAUGCUGCCCGCGCCCAUGCUGGGCUCGGCCGAGACCCCGCCGCCCGUUCCCGCCCCGGGCUCGCCGGUCAGCGGCUCGUCGCCGUUCGCCACGCAAGUUGGAGUCAUUCGAUGCCCAGUUUGCAGCCAAGAAUGUGCAGAGAGACACAUCAUAGAUAACUUUUUUGUGAAGGACACUACUGAGGUUCCCAGCAGUACAGUAGAAAAGUCAAAUCAGGUGUGCACAAGCUGUGAGGACAACGCAGAAGCUAAUGGCUUUUGUGUAGAGUGUGUUGAAUGGCUCUGCAAGACAUGUAUCAGAGCUCAUCAGAGGGUCAAGUUCACAAAAGACCACACUGUCAGACAGAAAGAGGAAGUAUCUCCAGAGGCAGUUGGUGUCACCAGCCAGCGACCAGUGUUUUGUCCUUUUCAUAAAAAGGAGCAGUUGAAGCUGUACUGUGAGACAUGUGACAAACUGACAUGUCGAGACUGUCAGUUAUUAGAACAUAAAGAGCAUAGAUAUCAAUUUAUAGAAGAAGCUUUUCAGAAUCAGAAAGUGAUCAUAGAUACACUAAUCACCAAACUGAUGGAAAAAACAAAAUACAUAAAAUUCACAGGAAAUCAGAUCCAAAACAGAAUUUUUGAAGUAAAUCAAAAUCAAAAACAGGUGGAACAGGAUAUUAAAGUUGCUAUAUUUACAUUGAUGGUAGAAAUAAAUAAAAAAGGAAAAGCUCUACUGCAUCAGUUAGAGAGCCUUGCAAAGGACCAUCGCAUGAAACUUAUGCAACAACAACAGGAAGUGGCUGGACUUUCUAAACAGUUGGAGCAUGUCAUGCAUUUUUCUAAAUGGGCAGUUUCCAGUGGCAGUAGUACAGCAUUACUUUAUAGCAAACGACUGAUUACAUACCGGUUGCGGCACCUCCUUCGUGCAAGAUGUGAUGCAUCCCCAGUCACCAACAACACCAUCCAGUUUCACUGUGAUCCUAGUUUCUGGGCUCAAAAUAUUAUCAACUUAGGUUCUUUAGUAAUCGAGGAUAAAGAGAGCCAGCCACAAAUGCCUAAGCAAAAUCCUGUCGUGGAACAGAAUUCACAGCCACCAAGUGGUUUAUCAUCAAACCAGUUAUCCAAGUUCCCAACACAGAUCAGCCUAGCUCAAUUACGGCUCCAGCAUAUGCAGCAACAGGUAAUGGCUCAGAGGCAACAGGUGCAACGGAGGCCAGCACCUGUGGGUUUACCAAACCCUAGAAUGCAGGGGCCCAUCCAGCAACCUUCCAUCUCUCAUCAGCAACCCCCUCCACGUUUGAUAAACUUUCAGAAUCACAGCCCUAAACCCAAUGGACCAGUUCUUACUCCUCAUCCUCAACAAUUGAGAUAUCCACCAAAUCAGAAUAUUCCACGACAAGCAAUAAAGCCCAACCCGCUACAAAUGGCUUUCUUGGCUCAACAAGCCAUAAAACAGUGGCAGAUCAGCAGUGGACAGGGUGCCCCAUCAACUACCAACAGCACAUCCUCUACUCCUUCCAGCCCCACAAUUACUAGUGCAGCAGGAUAUGAUGGAAAGGCUUUUGGUUCACCUAUGAUCGAUUUGAGCUCACCGGUGGGAGGUUCUUAUAAUCUUCCCUCUCUUCCAGAUAUUGACUGUUCAAGUACUAUUAUGCUGGACAAUAUUGUGAGGAAAGAUACUAAUAUAGAUCAUGGCCAGCCAAGACCACCCUCAAACAGAACCGUCCAGUCACCAAAUUCAUCAGUGCCAUCUCCAGGCCUAGCAGGACCUGUUACUAUGACUAGUGUACACCCCCCAAUACGUUCACCUAGUGCCUCCAGCGUUGGAAGCCGAGGAAGCUCUGGCUCUUCCAGCAAACCAGCAGGAGCUGAUUCUACACACAAAGUCCCAGUGGUAAUGUUGGAGCCAAUUCGAAUAAAACAAGAAAACAGUGGACCACCUGAAAAUUAUGAUUUCCCUGUUGUUAUAGUGAAGCAAGAAUCAGAUGAAGAAUCCAGGCCUCAAAAUGCCAAUUAUCCAAGAAGCAUACUCACCUCCCUGCUCUUAAAUAGCAGUCAGAGCUCUACUUCUGAGGAGACUGUGCUAAGAUCAGAUGCCCCCGAUAGUACAGGAGAUCAACCUGGACUUCACCAGGAGAAUUCCUCAAAUGGAAAGUCUGAGUGGCUGGAUCCUUCCCAGAAGUCACCCCUUCACGUUGGAGAGACAAGGAAAGAAGAUGACCCAAAUGAGGACUGGUGUGCAGUUUGUCAAAAUGGAGGGGAACUCCUGUGCUGUGAAAAGUGCCCCAAAGUAUUCCAUCUUUCUUGUCAUGUGCCCACAUUGACAAAUUUUCCAAGUGGAGAGUGGAUUUGCACUUUCUGCCGAGACUUAUCUAAACCAGAAGUUGAGUAUGAUUGUGAUGCUCCCAGUCACAACUCAGAAAAAAGGAAAACUGAAGGCCUUGUUAAAUUAACACCUAUAGAUAAAAGGAAGUGUGAGCGCCUACUUUUAUUUCUUUACUGCCAUGAAAUGAGCCUGGCUUUUCAAGACCCUGUUCCUCUAACUGUGCCUGAUUAUUACAAAAUAAUUAAAAAUCCGAUGGAUUUGUCAACCAUCAAGAAGAGACUACAGGAAGAUUAUUCCAUGUACUCAAAACCUGAAGAUUUUGUAGCCGAUUUUAGAUUGAUCUUUCAAAACUGUGCUGAAUUCAAUGAGCCUGAUUCAGAAGUAGCUAAUGCUGGUAUAAAACUUGAAAAUUAUUUUGAAGAACUUCUAAAGAAUCUCUAUCCAGAAAAAAGAUUUCCUAAACCAGAAUUCAGGAAUGAAUCAGAAGAUAAUAAAUACAGUGAUGACUCAGAUGAUGACUUUGUACAGCCCCGAAAGAAACGCCUCAAAAGCAUUGAAGAACGCCAGUUGCUUAAAUAAUACGCAGCACCAUGGGCUUGUGCUGGUUUUUAGAUUUUUUUUGUUUUCAAUAAACAUUUGUCAGUAAUUUAACAUCACUACAAAGAAGAGUUUGUGACUACUCUGAUCUCCGUUUUGGCCAUUUACUAGACUUUGAUUUCCUUAAUAACCCAUUUUUGUUAACCUCUUAUCACUAAGAAAGAAAAAGAAUAAAGAAGGAAAUGAAUGGAAUAAAGAACGAACGUGGAGGGAAGGCAGAAGGGAUGGAAGAAGGAAGCAUUGAAUACAAAGACAUUCUUCCCACUUCUUGGAUUUUUAAACUACAAUCUGGAGCGAUGGCUACUGUAGAAAGGAAAUAAUAGACUUUGUAUGAACUCUUAAGUUGAAAAGUAUAUGUGGUUUGGAUGUGUGCGCUAAUUCAGUUUUAGAAAUUAAUACCACUACCCGUGAAGUACAUGGCCUGACCAUAUGGGUUAGGCUUAGUAUACUGAAGAACAGUACUCCACAAACAUGGGUGGUAACAAGAGUUCCAUCCCAGGAGGCCAACCGGUGCAACGGAAGGGUAGAUUAGAUGCUAUUAAGAAGGCACCUAAUAGUACAUUAUGUAAGAGGGCAACUGUAUUAAAGAAAAAUCAGGAAAACAAA